AAUGGCCUCCUUGCUUCUCUUCAUAAUGGCGGUGAUGAUGAGUACGUCUGUUGUAAUGGGGCAAAGGGAUCCAGUGGUUCGUACAAGGCUGGGAGCAGUGCGAGGGACAUUUGAGAAUGAGGUGAACCAAUUCCGAAAUAUACCUUUUGCGAAACCGCCACUUGGUCCACUGAGAUUUACCAGGUCGAUUCCAGCUGACCCGUGGAAUGGCGUAAGAGAUGCUACACAGUUCGGACCUUCCUGUAUGCAACCACCUUACCCAGACACGGACCGAUUUUUGCCGAACUGGAACCAAUCUGAAGAUUGCUUGUAUCUGAAUGUGUACGUCCCAGGUAAUGUUGUGGCUGGCUCAAACAAACCCGUAAUGGUCUGGGUUCAUGGCGGAGCCUUCCUUGUAGGGCAGGCAAUGCUUUACGACGCCUCCUUCUUAGCGAGCGCUGGUGACGUGAUUGUCGUGACCAUAAAUUACCGUCUUGGGAUAUUUGGGUUUUUAAGUACAAUGGAUUCAACGCUUUCUGGGAAUUAUGGACUCUGGGACCAACGUCUCGCCUUGCAAUGGGUGCAAUAUAACAUAGAGUUCUUCGGAGGAAACCCACGAUCUGUUACACUUUUUGGGGAAUCUGCCGGAGCUAUAAGCGUAUCAUUACAGACACUCAACCCCUUGAACAAUGGGUUAUUUCAAAGAGUGAUUGCGGAGAGUGGAUCAUCACUAUCAAACGCUGCAGUUUGGCAAAGUGCUACAACAUUUGCAAGAGCUGCUGGUGUCAUUUUAAACUGUUCGUCACCAACAAGCAAGCUUGAUGACGAUUAUGCUAGAUGUAUGCGUUCCAUUCCAUCUGCUAGGCUUUCAGAUACACAAAAUACUAUACUAUUCUUUCAGUAUGAGAAGAUCGGACCAGUUCUUCUAAACAAUAUAGGCCCCGUUGUUGAUAAUAUUCUCAUUCCAGAUAUUCCAUAUAAGUUGCUAAGCAACACUUCUUCGCCUUCCUUCAAGUUCUUCCGAACGCUUGGCUUCAUGGCGGGGAAUGUAAACCAAGAAGGCUCGCUAUUUCUCAAUAGACUAUACCAAAUCGCUAAAUCUAAGCACUUUAAUCUAACCGCCGGCGUCCCAACAAGUAUAUUCUUUGACUAUUUGGCGCCUAUAUUUACUGCUACGUUCGCAGCUGUGUCCAACCGCACUGUAUCCUCAGCAAGCGUCUGUUCAAUGUACAGCAAGCCCGACAUAGCAUCACAAGCAAACAGUGUACUGGAUUGUUUUACCGAUGUAAACUUCGUCGUACCAGCCGUAGAAUUACUGAAUAUCCACUCAGGCCGGAACAUUUUGACAUCUUCAUAUCAGUAUAUGUUCAACCGACAAAGUAUCGACAAGUUUUCUUUGGAAUCUCUUCCGACAUGGUUUAUCGGAGCGCCACAUGCGUCGGAAGUAUUUUUCUUGUUCGGGGCACAGGAAUUUAAGAGAAAAUUCAACAUCACUGUAUCUAGCGCUGACUUGGCAUUAUCAAGGCGAAUGCUGACACAUUGGACUAACUUCGCGAAAAUUGGGAACCCCAACAUGGACAACAAUCCUAUGUGGAUUCCGUACGAUAUCCGACAGAAAUAUUACAUGGAUUUCAACUUGGAUGUGACAUUGAAAUCUGAUCUAUUUAAAGAUCGCAUGACCUUGUGGUUGGGUUCCGAAUCUGAUCUGAUAUCGACAGCUCUGCAAUCUGCUAUCGUCGGGAGGGAAAUCAUCUUCACCGUCAUCAGAGUCUUACAGGAGAUCCAUGCCAGCAACGAGAUCAACAGGAUACAGAAGAACGCAGGAGGACAAACCAGACCAUGCACCAAGAGAUACUGGAACAUCGACCACCGCCUCGACCAACUCAAGGGAAUCAAAAUGGCCUCCUUGCUUCUCUUCAUAAUGGCGGUGAUGAUGAGUACGUCUGUUGUAAUGGGACAAAGGAAUCCAGUAGUUCGUACAAGGCUGGGAGCAGUGCGAGGGACAUUUGAGAAUGAGGUGAACCAAUUCCGAAAUAUACCUUUUGCGAGACCGCCACUUGGUCCACUGAGAUUUACCAGGUCAAUUCCAGCUGACCCAUGGAAUGGCGUAAGAGAUGCUACACAGUUCGGACCUUCCUGUAUGCAACCACCUUACCCAGACACGGACCGAUUUUUGCCGAACUGGAACCAAUCUGAAGAUUGCUUGUAUCUGAAUGUGUACGUCCCAGGUAAUGUUGUGGCUGGCUCAAACAAACCCGUGAUGGUCUGGGUUCAUGGCGGAGCCUUCCUUGUAGGGCAGGCAAUGCUUUACGACGCCUCCUUCUUAGCGAGCGCUGGUGACGUGAUUGUCGUGACCAUAAAUUACCGUCUUGGGAUAUUUGGGUUUUUAAGUACAAUGGAUUCAACGCUUCCUGGGAAUUAUGGACUCUGGGACCAACGUCUCGCCUUGCAAUGGGUGCAAUAUAACAUAGAGUUCUUCGGAGGAAACCCACGAUCUGUUACACUUUUUGGGGAAUCUGCCGGGGCUAUGAGCGUAUCCUUACAGACACUCAACCCCUUGAACAAUGGGUUAUUUCAAAGAGUGAUUGCGCAGAGUGGAUCAUCACUAUCAAACGCUGCAGUUUGGCAAAGUGCUACAACAUUUGCAAGAGCUGCUGGUGUCAUUUUAAACUGUUCGUCACCAGCAAGUAAGCUGGAUGAAGAUUAUGCUAGAUGUAUGCGGUCCAUUCCAUCUGCUAGGCUUUCAGAUACACAAAAUACUAUACUAUUCUUUCAGUCUGAGAACAUCGGACCAGUUCUUCUAAACAAUAUAGGCCCCGUUGUUGAUAAUAUUCUCAUUCCAGAUAUUCCAUAUAAGUUGCUAAUCAACACUUCUUCGCCUUCCUUCAAGUUCUUCCGAACGCUUGGAUUCAUGGCGGGGAAUGUUAACCAAGAAGGCUCGCUAUUUCUCAAUACACUAUACCAAAUCGCUAAAUCUAAGCACUUUAAUCUAACCGCCGGUGUCCCAACAAGUAUAUUCUGUGACUAUUUGGCGCCUAUAUUUACUGCUACGUUCGCAGCUGUGUCCAACCGCACUGUAUCCUCAGCAAGCGUCUGUUCAAUGUACAGCAAGCCCGACAUAGCAUCACAAGCAAACAGUGUACUGGAUUGUUUUGCCGAUGUUAACUUCGUCGUACCAGCCGUAGAAUUACUGAAUAUCCACUCAGGCCGGAACAUUUUGACAUCUUCAUAUCAGUAUAUGUUCAACCGACAAAGUAUCGACAAGCUUUCUUUGGAAUCUCUUCCGCCGUGGUUUAUCGGGGCGCCACAUGCGUCGGAAGUAUUUUUCUUGUUCGGGGCACAGGAAUUUAAGAGAAAAUUCAACAUCACUGUAUCUAGCGCUGACUUGGCAUUAUCAAGGCGAAUGCUGAUACAUUGGACUAACUUUGCGAAAAUUGGGAACCCCAACAUGGACAACAAUCCUAUGUGGAUUCCGUACGAUAUCCAACAGAAAUAUUAAAUGGAUUUCAGCUUAGAUGUGACAUUGAAAUCUGAUCUAUUUAAAGAUCGCAUGACCUUGUGGUUGGGUUCCGAAUCUGAUCUGAUA